AGAAGAAAAAUCAUGGUAGAAUUUGAAAAUUGCCAUUGAGUAGUUUUCCAUCUAAAAGAUAAAAUAUGAUAGGAAGUUCGCAACGUCGCAAACAGUGGUUAUGGACUUACAUCGUCAAUGUAUUGAAUUACGGCGGCUGUAGAAUAUACAUUUGGAAGUGAGAAGCCAAAAAAUGUGGACAUUUCAGCAGGCUGUGAAGGUAAGAGCUUUCAGGCUUUCCCGAUGCAAUCAUUGUGAUUUUGGAGUUAGUCUCCGUAAGAAACAAUUAUGUAGCCAGGGAAACUCCAAAACCACUCAUCUCAUUUACGGUGCUCAAUAAAUUCCGCUCCUGAUUUAUUUUCUUAUAAGAGGAGUCAAGUGCGAAAUAAUAUAAGAAUCUUAAAAUGUCAUGGAUUCAGGUAUUGUGGGGCUACAAAUGAAACGUCAAGUUCAGUGGCGAGGUGUGAACGAUCGAUUAUCGAUAUUCCCCCGUUUGGAGCAAUGUUAAGAAUCGAUUGUUAAGGUGUUGGUUGCGGUAACCUAUUUUGGCACGGCUGCGAUGCCGUCAAAAUGAUUCACGUUACUUUUAUCUCAGUUUUCCAGUUGCUGUUAGUGGCGGCGUUUUGCGAAGUACCAAUGACAAACAGCCUCAAAAAACCUAGCCUCAAGAAUAAGAGUUCCAAAAGACUCAGCCUCAGAAGUUACAUAAGUAGCAAAAGUUUCAAAUUCCUGGAAAAUAUGUCCCGCCGUGAGAAAUGGGAAUGGGAGUUGCCAAGCGCAAUGGAAAUUGAGUACGGAACAGUGAUUGAAAUGGCCGCAGACUCAUCUCGACUGAUCGGUGUGCAUGAGAAAGGAACGUUAGCAUUCAUAUCGAAGAGGGAAUCAGGAUACAAGUAUGGUGAGGUAAUGUACAUCGAGAAAGGAAGAUUGAAUGAGCGCCGAUUCCUUUCAAGGAUUCUGGAUUUAUACUCGGAUAGCUCGGACACAUCGCCUUGGAACAAACACAAGGCAGUAGCUUUGAUCUCCAAACUGGCGAAGAAAAAAUUGAGAGUUGGUUUGUUCUGUAGCGCCAUCCAGUGGAUGCAAUACGUUACGACCGGCAAACCCCCGAAAUGCGUGUUUGGUCGACAAUGCCCUUUACACCGUGAUCUAACCGCUGAUAAGUCAGUUACUGCCGCUAGCAUUGGAGAUCGAGGUUUCUUCUUGGAAAACCACUCCAGAGCCUUUAAAUAUCGUAAGUCUCGAGUUACUAAAUUUGUUGUGGACGAAUUUGAUCGCCUGUAAGUGAGAGUUUCAGUUUGAUUUCUAAAAUAAUUAAUGGCUACAUCCUGUU